AUGCAGGGGUGGCCGAAAAUAUGCUACUGCUCCGCCCAGGGCGCAUUGGACAUCCUCGACCCUACGGGACCGAGCACUGCAGGGACCAUGGAAAGCGCUCCAAACGACCAGCACCUCUGCGCCUUCGGCUGCUCCCGUGGUUACUGUCCAUCCAUUUGCGUCACUGGCGACGACAUCGAGCCUCGGAUCGCUGGCUACUAUCUGCCGGAGUACAACGUUGAGGACAACAAAACUUUUCUUCUGAGCUGA